AUGCAUAUCUUUAGCAUUGAAACUGCGCCACGCCUUUUCCCGGCGGCCUCUCCGCUCUUCUUGCAAAGAUUGAUUGCGAGCUCGCUGGAGACACCUCAUCUUCUCUAUGCAAUUCUAGCAUCGGCUUGCAGUCAUCACAGUCGUCUCAUCAAGGAUGGAACGUCAAACUCAAAGGUCUCCUGCUUGAAGUUCACGAAUCUCUCAAUAUCCAGUCUGCGUUCUGCUCUCAGUAACCAAGAUGCGACCUUGACAGCCGAGGCAGUCACCACUGCAAUGGCACUGUGCACCAACGAUGUUUGUAAUGGCAACAUGCAAACCUGGAGAACACAUCUUGGGGGAGUAAUGCGCCUAUUUGCUGCAUUUCUGGACAGCCAAGGGAGGAUGCGUGUUGAUGACCCCUAUGUUCAGUGCUUAGUGAAGUGGUUCACAACCAUGGACAUUAUCGCCGGACUGUCGGGGCUCACUGGCGGAGGAGUCCUGAGCUCUGACAAUGGGUUACUGGAUAGGACUUUUGAUCAAUUGGAGGGAAAUAUUGAUGAUAUCUGUGGAUACUCUCUGCAAUUAGUCCCACUGCUUGUACGGCUGUCUCAUAUGGUGCAGCAUCACUACCAAAGCCCACUUGACAUACCUCAAGAAAAGGUGACUGAGUCGCACCUACUGGAGCUCGAGAUUCUGUCUCUUACUCGCUGUGGUGUUCCCGACAUUUCAAAUCACGCUGAGCUGCAAAGCACACACCUAGCCUUUGUGCACUCUGCUCUAUUACACCUUCAUCGACGGGUCCAAUUACUCCCCAAGAAUCAUGAAAUCGUCAAAGCGGAUCUAUCAAAUAUUGUCAACGCGGUCAAGCAAAUCCCACCAUCUUCAUCCGCAAAUAUCUUGAUCCUGUGGCCGGUAUUUAGUGCUGGUUGUGAGACCGAUGAUAUCGAAGAACGCAAUUUCAUCCAUCGCCGAAUGGGUGAUAUGGAAAGCCAUGGUCUCGGCAACUUUACAAGAGCUCGAGGGCUUCUGAACACAUUCUGGGCGGCAAAGACACCAACACCCUGGGAUAGACACUUUGCAAAUCUUGGUUUAGAACUGGUUCUAUUCUAG